UCUACACUUUUAUUUUCACAGGACAUUCCUAUUUCACUUGGCCAUACACUGAGGCAUCUAAUGGUCUCCAGCUCAGGGCUGUCUGUGUGAGAAUUGAAUCUGAGAAGAGAAGGGAAGACACUUUAAGAGAGAGAAGAGUUUACCACACAGCAUGGCCUCUGCCAAAGAAAAUGGUGUUGAUGAAAGAACGGUGGACAUUAAAGAAGAGGACAGUGAACGGCUCACAACAGAGGAUAUGUGUGUGAAGCUGGAGGAUCACGACGAAAGAAAUUCAGUUUUUAAAGAGGAGGAGGAGUGCAAGGAGGUGACUGCUGCCAUUAAAGCUGAGGAUUUGAAUGAUUUCUCUGUUGGUCUUGAACUUCAAAAGCAUGAAACUGAGGAUAUUUUCAAGCAAGAUGCCUGUGAAGAACCUCCAUCCACUUUACAGACCUGGUCCACUAAUACAGGAUCACUGGCUGCACAGGAGAAUUCUGCAGAGCUGAAAUCAGAGUUUUCAGAGUCUGAAGAGAAAAUCACAGAGGAAAAUGGGAGAGAAGGAGAAGAGUCACCUGGGAGUGCUGGAAUAAAUGUACAGAAGAAUGGCAUCUUCUCUCCACCUUCAUUUGGUCACCCCUCUCUUCAAUACAAUGAGAACGGUAUGAAGAAAUCAGCAAGAGGAUCAGAGAACCAGACAGCAGCCUAUAUGCAGUGCAGUUCUCUCCCUGCUACUGGAGCAACACAGACAGAAGCCAUCAAAACUGAUAGACAACAAGUAGAGAAUGAAAUCCAGAUUCAUACUGGAAAAAAAUGUUGUUUGGAAUGCGGCAAACGAUUCACAUACAAAAGUGAUCUUAAUAGGCAUAUGAAGAUUCACACGGGAGAAAAAUCUCAUUAUUGUUCAGAAUGUGGUAAGUCGUUCUCAUGUAUAAGCUAUCUUCAGAAACACAGAAGAAUCCACACAGGACAAAAACCUCAUUGCUGUUCAGAAUGUGGCAAGUCAUUCUUAAGGAGAAGCAGUCUUCAGAGUCACAGACGAAUCCACACAGGAGAAAAACCUUAUUGUUGUCCAGAAUGUGGUAAAUUGUUCUCCUGGAGUAGUGAAUUUGAGUCGCACAAAAGAAUCCACACAGGAGAAAAACCUUAUUGUUGUCCAGAAUGUUUUAAAUCAUUCUCAAGGAGAAGCAGUCUUCAGAGUCACAGAAGAAUCCACACAGGAGAAAAACCUCAUUGCUGUCCAGAAUGUGGUAAGUCGUUCUUAAGGAGAAGCAGUCUUCAGAGUCACAGAUUAAUCCACACUGGAGAAAAACCUCAUUGUUGUCCAGAAUCUGGUAAAUCGUUCUCAUGGAGAAGUGAACUUCAGUGUCACAAAAAAAUUCACACAGGAGAAAAACCUCAUUGCUGUUCAGAAUGUGGUAAGUCGUUCUUAAGGAGAAGCUAUCUUCAGAGGCACAGAAGAAUCCACACAGGAGAAAAACCUCAUUGUUGUCCCGAAUGUGGUAAAUUGUUCUCAAUGAGAAGCACUCUUCAAAGUCACAGAAUAAUACACACAGGAGAAAAACCUCAUUGCUGUUUAGUAUGUGGUAAAUUAUUCUCAACGAGAAGCAGUCUUCAGAGACACAGAAGAAUCCACACAGGAUAAAAACCUCAUUAUUUUCCAGAAUGUGCCACACAAUUUUCUGACAAACGCAGUUUUUAAAGGCACAUAGAAAUUGAUACUGGAGAGAAGCCAUAUUGCUGUUGUCAAUGUGGAAAAAAGUUUUAAAAAUUAGCUCAUUUCAAGUAAACACACAAACUCCCAGUAAAGCGAAAAUGCAGUAUGUAUGUUCUGAAUCUUGCAAAUGUUAUACAAGCUAGAAAGGUCUUUAUCCACAUGCCAAAAUCCAUACUGAAGAAAAAUCUCAUUGCUGUUCUGAAAGUUAGAAACGAUUCUUAUAUUUAAGCAUAAUUCAAUGCCACAUCAGAACUCAUACUAGAGAUAAACCUUAUUGUUGCCCUGAAUUUGAUAAGCAGUUCUCACAACAAAGCAUCAUAAAGUGUUACAUCAGAUGUCACACCAGAGAGAAACCUCACCUUUGCUUGGAAUGUGGCAAACAAUUCCCACACAUUAAUUCUCUGUAUAAGCAUACAAAAGUUAUACUGGAGAGAAGCCUUACUUACAAUUGUACUGAAUGUGGAAUGUUAUUCUCGUAUAACAAUUCCUUCACAUUCAUAAAAUAAUUCAUUCUGGUUAGAAACAAAGCUGUUCUGACUGUGGCAAGCUUUUCUCAGACCGCACAACUCCUAAAGACCACAUGAGAAUUCCCUCUGGAGAUAAAGCUAAUUGCUGUCCAGAUUAUGGCAAAUGAUUCUCAAGUCCAAACGCACUUAGUUGCCACAGAAGGAUCCACACUGGAGAGAAACAGUACACCUUUUCUGAAUGUGGUAAAGGGGAAUUGGUCUCGUCUGAUGCGAGAGAUG